UUGCAUACCAACGUUACGUCAUUCGUCUGUCGCUAUUCCCGAAAACCGUUUCUCUUUGGGGAAAGUAUGUUAGAAAGCGCUUUUCACCAACGAUAAUCGAAUCUUCUUGCUGUGAUGACUACCUGGUUCCAGUCGGGACACCUGUCCGGUACAGACAAUGAACCGUUGGCGGAAGGGUUCUUGGAAAUUCUAUGUAAUGUAUUGACGUGCUUCAAAACGGAAGGUGAUGGCGCUUGUCCUCCUGUCGUUGCCACACUCAUGUUCAUCGCCGCAUGCGUUCUGUUCGUGCUGCCGGCGCUGAAGCAGAUAUUCACCAGACAGUUCUUCAAUCGUCUCAGCGUUCUGCUAUCCAUUGUUUCUGUCUUUAUUGUGUUGGCCGUGCUCCUGAUGCUCACAGUCGCUGUCCAGGGAAACCAUCUGUUUUGCUUCAUGAUGAAUGGACGUUUUCACCUCUUUUCGGGAUUAUCAAAAGUCUGGCAGCGACUGAUAGCAAUAUACAUGAUGUUUAUGCUGGUCAUAUUUAACUUUGGAUGCGCCCAUCUCCUAAAGAGCACUUUUAUCAGAAUGUGGAACUUUGUAAGAUGUUUCAAUUGCGGUAGAAGAGGUUCAGUCUGUAAGCGUAAACGUCCAUUGUGCAAACCAAGACGUCCAUUGUGUGCAUCAAAACGUGCGUCGUGUGAGUCGAUUUCUUCGUGGUUUAAUCCAAUACGUGUAUACAGUCAGCUAAAAUGUUCAAUGUCUAAGCCAACACUUCCACUGUGUGAGCCUAAACGUUCAUCGUGCAAGCUAAAAGGUGCGUCGUGUCAACCGAAACGUACACAGUCUAUUACAAAACGUCUACCGUGUGAGCCCAAAUAUUCUUCAUGUAAGCCAAAACAUCCACCGUGUGAGCCAAAAAGUCCACCAUGUACACCAAGACGCACAGCAUGUGAGUCAAGACGCCCUUCAAUGGCGCGAACAUGUUUACCAUGUGAACCAAGGCGACCACCGUGUGAGUCACAGCGACCAUCGUGUGAGUCAAGGCGUUCACCGUGUGAGUCAAGGCAAUCAUCAUGUGAGUCAAGGCAAUCACCGUGUGAGUCGAGGCAACCAACAUGUGAACCAUCGCAAUCCUCAAUGUGUCAGCCAUGGCGUCCAUUAUGUCCACCAAAGUCACCACCGUGUAAACCACAGCGUUUAAUAUGUAAACCACAACCUCCAGUGUGUGAGGAAAAGAAGAAGAAGAAGGCCACGAAGAAAUUGUGCCAGUUGACAAGCAGCUCGGACAUGCCGCUGAAAGCGGGUAACUGUAAGAAACCCGAGGACAUCGAGUUUGAUGUCGUCUGCCAUAUUAAACUGGAAGGCGUCACGUCCAAAAACCGGAAAUGUCAGGUCAAAGUCACACGUCAGGGAACAGGGUAUUGACGAAAGGAUUAAAGAAUGAAAUGAACGAGAAUAUCUACAGUUUAAAUAAACUCGAUUUCACAUAAAUUAAAUACGGCGAGUUUGUGACAAUCACGAAAUGAUUGAAAAUUAUUUUGCACAACCUCAGGUAAAGUGCAUCUUGUCACGUAUACAGUCAGGUCUAGCUCUGAAUGAUCUAAUGAUCAAAUUAUUUUUUAAACUUGAAAAACCCCUACAGAAAUCAAGGAAGGGCGGAUCCUGGAUUUUGUUGAGGGAGAGGGUUUACAAAGAGUGAUUUGAGUUUGUAGAAUACAAAUCAACUGAGCUCCCAAGACUGCGAGAUCGGUAGUUGGUUCAGAGGUAUGCUUCCCAAAAAGGUUUGAAAUAAAGAUGCCUAAAAGACGCGUUUUUAAGGUAAUAAUAUUUAGUGUUUAUAUUAUUGAUGAUUAAUCUGAAAAAACAAAAACGUCAUUAAAAAAGUUUUUUCAAACGGGCAUAAGGGAGUCACGGAAACCCCACCUGAAACCACCAACGGUUAUUUUCCAACACAAUAUCAAUCGUUACGUGAAAUUAUUUCACCAAAACAAAAUACAAUUACAUGUACUAGUAGUCAAUGAGACUUACUCAGUUGUGUGGAUUGUUAAUUAAUGUUAAUUGUGUCUGUCUCUUCGUGUCAGUUCCUCCUUUCAUGUGCAAUUGUGAAACUGUAUAUUUGUUUUGUUUUUAUGCAUUGCACUUGUUAUUUAGUAUAUAAUAAAUUAUACAUACACUUGUUAUUUUCCUACGUACGGGAUGUGUGAAAGUGUACAUUUGCUUUGUUAUGUAUUGCACUUUUUAUUUAGUAUAUAUACAAUGUAUGUACACUUGUUAUUUGAUAUGUACGGGUUGUGUGAAAGUGUAUAUUUAUUUAGUUGUCAUGUAUUGCAUUUGCUAUUUAGUAUGUAUAUAAUUAUAUGUAUGUAUACUUGUUAUUUUGAUAUCUACGGGAUGCGUUUAUGUAUCAAUUUUAGUAGUGUAGUGCUCUAUCUGGUUUAUAGUGAAUAGCUGCAAUUGUUUUAAAGAAAUUAAAAUUCAACAUAAUCACCAGUAAUAAGCAGGGGGCCACAUCAAGGUAUUCUGCAAAAAUAACAACAAAAAACCAAAACAAAACAACAACCCGGUUUUACAUGAAACCAAAAGAGCCUUUAUUACGAUACCUUUUAUGUACUAUUAUUCGAUCUUGUCUUGUAUUUACUUGUUGAUCUUCGUUUAUGUUUAAAUGUGAAUAUUUUCAUCUCACAGGGAAUUCAAGCGAGGAAUAUUAUAAUAUAUCUGUUUUUACUUUGGUUUUCAGCUUUGCGCUGUUUUUAAAGAAAGAGAUAGUGAUGAUACACCAUUUUUUUAAAAUUAUUUUUAAAAGGAAAACAAAGAAUGAACAUAAAAUAAUGCUAAAUUGAGGGGAAAAGAAAAUAAGCACAAAAAAGAAUACAAAAAAACCCCCAAAACACCAAAAACAAAAAAGAAGAAGAAAAUACGGAAUGAAGAAAAAUUAUAAAUUAUAAUAACAAUCCAUCAUUUCUAUGUAUAAUCUUAAAAUUCACACCUUUUAAAAAAGAUUUUUGGCAUGAAAAUAAUUUUUGAAUAUAAAUGGUUUUUAGUAGUAUAUUUACACUUCACUAGUUCACGUCAUAACAACAAAAUAUCCAUGUUCAUAAAAUUACCAUAUACAGUGUUUCGGUAAACUAUACAAAUAAAUUUGAUAGUAGUGUUUGUCAAAAUAUUCAUAAUCAUCGUAUAAUAAAUUAGAAAUGAUUUUGUUUUUACAGUAA